AUGUUCGAGGCGCUGAAAGGGAGAGACUUUUCAAACGUCCCGCUCGGGACGUUUCGACCGACGCGCGUGGACGAGGCCAAGGCGCAGAUCGCCCGGUUCUUAGGUGCACGCAUGCGAACAAAGCGCGAGUUGUUUGAAAAGUUAACGAGAGAUAAGGGGUACGAGGAGGAGGACGCGAUCGAGGCGCUGCGUGCGAUGGAAGCGGCGGGCGCGGUGAGCGACGCGGCGUACUCGGAGGCGUUCGCGAGGCACAAGUGGCGCACGGCGAAUUGGGCGGCGAUGCGAAUCAGGCGGUCGUUGCGGGAGAAAGGGGAACAUGCGAGGCGACGCGCAAGCGCGCGUGCGGCGACUCAUGUCGUGGCUCGAACGUCGGGGGCACAGUGGACCGGUGGUCAUGGAUAUCGUGAAGGUGUUGAAAAGCGAGUUGGAUCAAGGCUACGACGACGAGGACGACGCCUUUCGCGCAUAUUAGGAACGAAAUGUAAUCGGGUAUAG